AUGGAGCUUACUGACGUCGAGAUUCAGGAAAUCAAGGAUCACAACCAGAAACGAGUGAAACGUGUGGUGGCGAUAGUGGCGAUCGCAAUGACAGUCAUCUCGAUCGUUCUCGUUGGAAUCUCCCUCUCACUCGGCAAAAAGAUUGAUCUUCUGGUUGAGCAAUCAAUGGAACAGCGUCAUCAUCAACAGCAACAGCAUUUAAUUGGUGUUAAUGUACAA